CAUAAAAAGGGUUUUUUCUCACGGCUCCAGCCUCCUCUUUCUCUCUUGCAGACAGGGAGGGAAAACCAAAAUCCCUCUUCUCCUUACCCCUAAAUUAAUUAGAAUAAAAUCCCUCAUUUCAAAACCCUAUCUCUCUAAACAAUUGCGGUUUAAGUUAUGCAGGCAGAUCAGACAACGGUGAUAAGCUUGAGACCAGGAGGAGGUAGCAAUGGUGGUCCCCGUGGCACCAGAUUUUCCACCUCUCGCUUUGAGCCUGCUUCUGCUUCGCUUUCUGAUGCCUCUCAAUCUUUCCCUUCUUUCAAGACUGGUGAAUUGCGGUUUGAAGACCACGAGCGCAUUCGCUACACGCGAGACCAACUGUUGCAACUUAAAGAGGUUGAAAAUGUUCCAGAGGAUAUUCUGAAGAUCAGACAAGAAAUUGAGUCCGAGUUUGUUGGCGAGGAUCAAACUUGGAGCCAUGCAGAUGGCAGCCUCCAACCUCAAUCUCAGAGUCGUUAUUCUGAGCCAGACAACCGUGAUUGGCGUGGUAGGUCAGCAGCUUUUGGAGAGGACAGAUCUCGGGAAGCAAUUCGAGAAAAUAAGGAGUUUUACAACAGGCAAGACCAGCUAAACUCCCAGUUUGCAAGUGCUCAAAUCACUGCUAACCAGCGGGUAGGGCCUGCUCCUGCUCUGAUCAAGGCUGAAGUGCCAUGGUCAGUUCGAAGAGGCAAUCUCUCUGAGGAGGAACGUGUCUUGAAGACAGUGAAAGGUAUAUUAAACAAAUUGACACCAGAGAAGUUUGAUGUUCUCAAGGGGCAACUGAUUGACUCUGGAAUUACGACACCUGAUAUUUUAAAGGGUGUUAUCUCACUAAUAUUUGACAAGGCAGUGCUGGAGCCCACAUUCUGUCCCAUGUAUGCUCUUUUAUGCUCUGACCUUAAUGAGAAGCUUCCUCCAUUCCCAUCUGAUGAGCCUGGUGGGAAAGAAAUCACUUUUAAGCGGAUUCUUUUGAACAAUUGCCAGGAGGCAUUUGAAGGUGCUGGCAAUCUGAGGGCAGAAAUUAGCAAGUUGACUGCUCCUGAACAAGAAAUGGAACGCAGGGAUAAGGAACGAUUGGUUAAGCUGCGAACUAUGGGGAACAUGCGCCUUAUUGGGGAACUUUUGAAGCAGAAGAUGGUGCCUGAAAAGAUUGUCCACCAUAUUGUUCAGGAAUUAUUGGGCAAUGACAGUAAAACUUGCCCAGCAGAAGAAAAUGUCGAGGCAAUAUGUCAAUUUUUCAACACCAUAGGCAAGCAACUGGAUGAAAACCCAAAAGCUCGGCGAGUUAACGAUGUUUAUUUCAGCAGGUUGAAGGAGUUGACAACAAAUCCACAUCUUGCACCACGGUGUAGGUUCAUGGUUCGUGAUGUACUUGAUCUUCGGGCUAAUAGCUGGGUCCCUAGACGUGAAGAGGUUAAAGCAAAGACCAUCUCUGAAAUCCAUUCAGAAGCUGAGAAGAAUCUCGGAUUGCGUCCAGGUGCAACUGCAGUCAUGAGAAAUGGUCGUAAUGUUACUGGGGGUGUGGGCCCUGCUGGUUUCCCCAUUGGCCGACCUGGCUCAGGGGGUAUGAUGCCUGGAAUGCCUGGGAUGAUGAAAAUGCCUGGAAUGCCUGGGCUUGAUGCUGACAACUGGGAAGUUCCUAGAUCUAGAGCAAUGCCAAGGGGCAAUAGUUUUGGCCCAACCCACGUUGCCGGGCAUGUCCCCACUUCCCUGAUCAACAAAUCACCACCACUUAAUGCAAGACUUCUACCUCAGGGAAGUGGUGGCGUCAUAGCUGGGAAACCAAGUCUGCUAUUGCAGGGCAGUGGUGCUCCUUCCCGACCUGGUUUUGGUACAAGAACUGAACCUGCAGGUCAAACUCCUAAGCCUGUUGCUCCAGCUGUGUCAGCAAUUCCUUCUCCUCAGAAGCCUCUUGCUCCUACUACAAGGUCAAAUCCUGAUGAUCUUCGCAGAAAAACCAUUUCUCUGCUGGAAGAAUAUUUCAGUGUUCGAAUUCUUGAUGAAGCACUUCAAUGUGUGGAGGAGUUGAAAGAUACUAGUUUUCACCCUGAGGUUGCUAAAGAAGCUAUUUCUCUUGCACUGGAGAAGAGCCCACCCUGUGUGGAACCUGUCGUAAAGCUUCUUGAAUUCUUGCUCACUAAAGAUGUCCUCACAGCUAGAGAUAUUGGAACUGGAUGUCUUCUUUAUGGCUCAUCGUUGGAUGAUAUUGGCAUUGAUUUACCCAAAGCACCAAAUAACUUUGGUGAGAUUCUUGGGAGCUUGGUUGUGGCUCAGGGUCUGGACUUCGAGGUGUUUAAGGAAGUUCUGAAGAAGGUGGAAGAUGACAGGUUCAGGAAAGCUAUAUUUAGCAGUGCCAUGAUGAGCAUCAAUUCAAACCCUUCUGGGCAAGAAGUGUUGGCAACACAGGGUUCUAAUAUUCAGGCUUGUGAGAGUUUGCUCUCUUAAUUAGAGCAAAAUUCUCAUUAGCCCUCAUGGGAAGUUGUGCAGCCUUGUGGAGCCCACGAAACCAAACCAUUCCGCCCUUUGGCUUUCCAUAAUUCACUGAAAUUCAAAGAUUACCGCAUUUCAGCAGCAGACCAGGAAGAACAGAUAAUUUAAAAGAGUUGUAUAUUUUCCAAGGUUUCCUCAUGAUCUUUGCUUGUUAUGCUAGAAACAUGAAGCUUUUGUAUUUCUUGAGUGCCCAUUAAGUCUCUCUCAGAGAGGACACUCGAGAUCAACGAGUCUUUACAUUUUCCAGCUUCCCAAAUUUAGAUUUCAAGUCGUGUACCACAGUUGAAAAUUUUGUUACUUUCCCAUUGAAGGGGCCCAAUUUUCUCCAUUAAUGAUGUCUUUUUUCCUGUCUUUUAGCUUAAA